UGUCCCACUGAUACUGAUUCGAUUCCGACGACGAGCGCAGCGCACACCGGCACACGCAUUCUGACCUGGUCCGUUGCCGGGUUCGGACGUUUCAGCGCGCUUUCAUUACGCAUACGCUCCUCCACUCGCACACACACACGCCGCUGUCGUACCCGCGCGUAUUGCCUUACGUCUCAGUCGCCGUCGUCGAUCUUUUAUCGUCAACCGAUAAUUUUUUUUUUUUCGACUUACGAUUUAAAAAAAAAAUAAAAUAACAAAACAGUACUCUACAUUGAAAUAUAUUUAUACCUCGUGGUUAUCUGUUCCUUCUCGUCGUACGGUGUCCACCUCGCUCGCGCAUACACACACGCUCACGUACACCGAUACCUACCACUAUAAUAUAUCUGAUAAUAUAUAUUAUACGCAGAUUCCAUAAAUCGUCAUCCGCUGCAAAAUCGUAUCAACCAUGGACUUGUUGUGUUGCGAAUCGACUUCGAAGAGCGUCGCCCAGAAGGACCCAACUCUGCUGCUGGACGACCGUGUGUUCGAAACAAUGCUCAAGUCGGAGAUCAGAUGCUUGCCGGCUACCGACUAUUUGGCGACCGUCCAGAGCGACCUCACGGCCAAUCUGAGGAAGAUCGUGGUUGAUUGGAUGUGGGAGGUCUGCGAAGAGCAAAAGUGCCAAGAAGACAUUUUUCCAUUGGCCGUCAACUACAUGGACAGGUUCCUGUCGGUUAAUCCGAUCAAUAAAAAUCACCUACAGCUUCUGGGCACCACUUGCUUGUUGGUCAGUUCUAAACUUCGGGAGUCCGACUGCCUUUCCGUCGACCUUUUGGUUUUGUACACGGACAAUACCAUUACUUCUGAAGAACUGUUGAUGUGGGAGAUGCUCCUGUUGAGCAUCUUGAAAUGGGACGUGUCCGCUAUCACGGCUCACGACUUCCUAUGGUAUAUACUUAAAAGACUGCACAUGGACACGGCCAAGCCGUUCGUGGACGUUGUUAUCAAACAUUGCGGCACUUUCAUCGGCAUGUGCGCCAGAGACUAUAAAUUUUGCUCGUACAAGCCCAGCGUGAUCGCCGGAGCCAGCAUCGCGGCUGCUCUCAAUGGACUGGAAUACGCGGCCAUUUACAAGUACGACUUGUUCAAUAAGCUGCACGCCAUCACUGGUUCUAAAAAGGAGGUUUUGAAGACUUGCCAAGAGCAGAUCGAAGCAAUGGUCGAGGCCCACAAGAGACAACGCAAAGAAUUGGAUUACCAAAUGUACGAAAAGCCGUACGACAAGACUGCCGAGUCGGACGAUAAUACAAACUGUUGGAUUUGAGAUCGUCGUCAGACUUAUAAAAAAAAAAAAAUUUGCUAGGAAAAAACUGCACAGAAAAACAAAACAAAACAAUUUUUAUUCCGAUUUUAUAUUAUUAUUAUUAUACUCCACUACAGUAAAUUUCACCUGUUAGGUGCAACCAAACCAAUCGGUGAUAAAUCAUCGGUCCAUAUAUAUUACACAUUUUACACACAACAAUAAUUAUAAAACGCUAUAUCAUACCUAUAUACUGUUUAAGGUACUCGGAUAUGGUAAGAUUUUUGACUUUCAGAAGCACUGUAAUAAGAUUAUUAGUUUAGUCUUAAGAUUAGGUUUUAUGAUUAUUUUGACUUUAUUAUUAUUAUUUUUUAAUGGGGAAGGCAAUAAAAUACGCUUCAUGUUUCCGUACAUAUAAUGUUAUUACAAUAAGAUUAUUAUUAUUAUUAUCCACAGCAGCUCCGGUUUAUUAAACAGUGUAAUGGUGAUUGUUUAUAUACCAUAAUAUAAUAUUAUAAAACCAAUUUUUCAUUAAACAGCUCAACGCAAUCCAAAAACGAAAAAAAAUUCAAUUUUCAUAGAAACAUCCUAAAUAGAUUCUGUGAAUCCCAACCGAUCGCGGCAGGGGUAUUAGCGGAUACUUAUAAUAUACAUCGAACGACAUUGUGUUUUAUAUUUUAUUCGUUUCCGUUCAUACGCCACCGAGAUUCGAUUUAAAUGUACAGUAAAGUGCGCCGGUAAGGCUACCUAUAUAACCAACAUAUUCCUAAAAUUUUAUUAACCUUUAAGUUAUAUCAAAAUAGAUAGAUAUUUUAUUACAUAUUAUUUUAUUAUAUUUACUUACAAUUUUUUUUCUAGCGUUUAAGGUAGACUCGCCGACCCAGAGUUUAGCACAUGGUUGGUGCGACAUUUUUUUUAAAGAUCUCUUGUGUCGGCAGUCUUUUUUUUAUAUAUAUAUAUAUAUAUAUAUAUAUAUUUUAAUAAAAAAGCUCAAGUUUCCAUUGAUAGAUAAAAUAUCACUCACGAUUUUGCUUUCUUUGUACUUCCGAACGUUUAUACACUUUUACAUGAGUUUUGUUUACAAUAAUUAAUAUUAUAUUUAAAUGACAAUCGCAUACCUUAUACUUAUAUUGAUUCCGAUUCCGACACGAAGAACGUGUUAUUCAGUUUUCAGGCUUCUCCACACAUUUUAAUUUUAGUUUUAUAUUCACCGUUUUUCAAAGAGUACAAAAAUCAUAAUAAAAAAAUAAUAUGGUUAAAGAGGAAAAUUACCGUUAUUUAAGAUUUGUUUGCUCCACUGGGAAUACCGAUAUAAUUUAAUUAAUUUAUUAUUUUUAUUAUUAUUAUAAUAUAUAUUUUUUUUCGUUAACGGUAAGAGUUUUAUAAAAAGUAUUUUUAAGUAUGUAGCAUACACCGUUGUUCUAUUAUUCACAUUGUCCCUCUCCAUUAUCCAUUAUUUAAAAAUUCGGAGAGAAAUCUACGAAGAAAAACGAUAGAAAUCACGUCUUCCACAGGCCUCAAGUCCGCGUGAAGCCAUUGGCUUCCCGAGAUUUGUCUCUUCCCCACUCCCCCCAAAUUAGCUUCGUUGUGUGGAUAAUACAUAUAUAUAUAUAUAUACCGACGGGACGUGGGUUAACGGCUCGGACAAGGAGGGACGAAAUAAUAAGGAAACACGAAAAAAAAUUUAAAAAACGUGUUUUUUUGUACACGCACACCACAUACAUACCUCAGUUCCAAGUUGAUUUAUUUUUUAUUAUUAUUUUUUUUUUUCCAUAGUAGUA